GGAUAAAGUAGGCAAAAUGGUUGAUCACGAGGAAGAAGACAAAGUUGUAGUUAGGAAUCUCUCCAAGAACGUUCUUGGCUUAAAGUUCAUGAAGAGGAAAGCGGCUGCAGAUGCACAGAAAUCGAUGGACGAAAGCAAACAGCGAGAGGUGGACGCAGAACACUGGGUUUUAGAUCACGACACGUUUAUAGAACGGACAAACAUCGUCGAGUGUGAUGUGAGCAUUCUUAUCUGUGAAAAUCUCUCUCGUUGUGGUAGACGCUCGUUUCGCAAUUUCAACCCUCAUAUAGAGAAACUCUAUAAAGAGAUGAAGGCUGAACGUGACCAAGAGACAUAUAAUGAAGGUGGUGAUGAUCAAGACACAAAUGACGUAGCUACCAAUUCUCUAGCAAUAACAGAUGAAGAAAUGGCUGAGAGAUAUGGAACAUUAGUUCAGAGUAUGAACAAAAAGUUUAAUAGAAAACGAAAAUCUCAUCCAUUAGAUCAACACGACCAAGGAGUAUCAACAGUCGACCAUAGAAGUAAAGCAAACAAGAGGAAAUUUCUAAAACCAGACAGUUAA